AUGCCUCAUAGUCGAUCAUCAACCGGGUCAACUCCCAUCCUAAACCGGGUCGGGUUUGCCGGCGCCGCGGCUCGCUUCACCCAGCGCUCCUACGCCGCGGACUAUGUGGCAUUGGGCCUUGUAGUCGCAGGAUGGCUAUUGAUUCAAAUCUUCGUCUCUCCGUUCCACCGCAUGUUUUUCCUCGAUAACAAGUCCAUUCAAUACCCUUUCGCUGUCCAAGAACGGGUCCCCGUCAUUUGGGCUGUGUUUUAUGCUGGAGUUAUCCCUUUCUUUAUAAUAGUAGCCUGGUCAGCUGUGCUCCACCCCGGCGCGCAAAGGACCCAAGUGACCAUACUCGGCCUCCUGGUGGCUUUGAUGCUCACUUCCCUCUUGACGGAUAUUAUAAAAAAUGCCGUCGGAAGGCCUCGUCCAGACUUGCUUUCACGAUGCAAGCCAUCUCGGGGCACCCCAGACAAUGCGCUGGUCGCAUGGACUGUCUGCACUGAGGCAAACCAACAUAUCCUCCAAGAGGGAUGGCGCAGCUUCCCUAGCGGACAUAGUAGCUUCUCCUUUGGUGGCUUAGGAUAUUUGUCCCUCUUCUUUUGCGGUCAAAUGCACGUCUUUCGUCCACGGACAGAUCUCGGUAGAUGCUUAUUGGCAUUUAUUCCACUCUUAUGUGCGCUUUUGAUCGCCAUAUCUCGCCUAGAUGAUUAUCGCCAUGACGUCUGGGACGUGACAAUUGGGUCUCUGCUUGGCAUGCUGAUCGCAUGGUUCUCUUACCGUCGCUACUAUCCAGCCCUGCAGUCGACACGCUGUGAUAUCUCAUAUGACAAGGGCGAUCAAACAGAUGGAUUCGGUAGACUUGAUGACGAGGAGCAGGGACUAUCGCAAUCCAUGUUACAAAGCGAUGGCCCUGGGCAUGGGGAGUCAUAUCCAUUGGAAGAGAUGGGAUCUCCUCGGUAA